GGUGGAUUUUUCUGGAAGAGUCCCGUGCGAUGUUGGAACACUCGUCGGAGCUAGCCCUGGUGCAGAGCAUAUACGUCAACGGCAUGCGCUGUCCCCCCUCUGCCUCCGCCGCCGGUGUCCCCGUCAGGAAUGAGGACCUAGGAUCUCUGAGCAACGGCAGCAACAGCAGCAAGAUGAAUGGUUCUAUGGAGAACCUGGAUACCCCUGACCAUGACUCCAUCAAGAUGUUCGUUGGCCAGAUCCCCCGCUCCUGGACGGAAACCGAGCUCAAGGAGCUGUUCGAGCCCUACGGGGCCGUGCACCAGAUCAACAUCCUCCGAGACCGCACUGCCACACCCCCCCAAAGCAAAGGAUGCUGUUUUGUAACGUUUUAUACCAGAAAAGCCGCCCUGGAGGCCCAGAAUGCAUUGCACAACAUAAAGACCUUAACAGGGAUGCAUCAUCCCAUCCAGAUGAAACCCGCUGACAGUGAGAAAACAAACGCGGUGGAAGACCGAAAGCUCUUCAUUGGAAUGGUAACAAAGAAAUACGGCGAGAACGAGGUCCGAAUGAUGUUCUCUGCUUUUGGACAGAUAGAGGAAUGCCGAAUUCUCAGAGGACCUGACGGUCUGAGCAGAGGCUGUGCGUUUAUCACAUUUUCUACCAGGGCUCAGGCCGCGAAUGCAAUCAAAACCAUGCAUCACUCUCAGACUAUGGAGGGCUGCUCCUCUCCCAUGGUGUGUAAGUUUGCGGACACUCAGAGGGACAAAGAGCAGCGGCGCCUGCAGCAGCAGAUGGCCCAACAGAUGCAGCAGCUCAACAGCGCCUCCACCUGGGGAAACCUGGCAGGGCUGGGAGGCCUCACCCCACAGUACUUGGCAUUGCUCCAACAGGCGACAUCUACUGGUAACCAGAGUAAUUUUGGUGGCAUGCAGAGGCUAGGAGGUGUGAACCAGCUGCAGCUGCAGAACCUGGCCACGUUAGCUGCUGCUGCCUCUGCAGCCCAGAACUCAGGCGGCGGCUCCAACGCCCUGUCAGCCAACGGAGCUCUAGGUAAUCUCUAUAACUCAGCAGCAGGCCAGACGGCAGGCUCCAGCGCUGGUGCAGCCAUGAACACCCUGGCCUCUCUGGGCCUGACCCAGGGCCUCGGCGGGGGCCUGACGGGGACCUCCAUGGGUCUCAACAACCUCAACGCCCUCACUGGGGGUGUCAGCGGUGAGUACUCCAACCGAAUGGCGGCUAUGAACGGAGGGCUGGGGGCCUCGAUGGCGAAUGGCUCGGGGGCGAGUUCCAUGGACGCACUGACUCAGGCCUACUCAGGGAUGCAGCAGUACACGGCCUCCGCCCUGCCUUCCCUCUACAGCCAGUCCCUACUGCAGGGAGCAGCCGGCGGGAGCCAGAAGGAGGCUGGGAGCCAGAGGGAGGGUCCUGAGGGAGCCAACCUGUUCAUUUACCACCUGCCCCAGGAGUUUGGAGACCAGGAUGUCCUGCAGAUGUUCAUGCCUUUUGGAAGUGUCGUCUCUGCCAAAGUCUUCAUCGACAAACAGACCAAUCUGAGCAAGUGCUUCGGGUUUGUCAGCUACGACAAUCCGGUGUCGGCACAGGCCGCCAUCCAGGCCAUGAACGGCUUCCAGAUCGGCAUGAAGAGGCUCAAGGUGCAGCUGAAGCGCUCUAAGAACGACAGCAAACCCUACUGAUCUUACCCAGGGCAGGGGCCAUUUUCCCCAGGCUCAAUGUUAGCAUUACACGGGUAAGUCUAAGUCUACCCAACCCACGACUAAAGCCAAGGCCAUCUGAUCACCACAGCAGAGACUUAAUUAAAAGGGUGGCAGGUAGCCUAGAGGUUAGAGCGUUGGGCCAGUAACCGAAAGGUCGCUGGUUCGAAUACCCAAGCCGACAAUGUCACAAAUCUGCCGAUGUGCCCUUGAGCAAGGCGCUUAACCCUAAUUGGCCCCAGGGGCGCCGUACUACUAUCGUGGGUGUCAUUCAGACUCACUCCACUGGGGUCUUGUUAUCUUAAACCGGUUAUGUUCUUUACAUGUCUAUUAUUACUGCAUCCAUUCCUUUUACAGUUUCAUCAUGUAAUUUUUAAGAGUGGUAUAAAGUGUGUUAAUUUAUAUGAUUAUUUAUAGCUAUCACUAGAGCCAGUGUUCAAAAGGGUAUUUUGUGUUGUGAUAUAUAAGAGGGAACACCAGGUUUGAUUAUUUCUGUACCAUUUCAUUAUAUCAACUUACUAGGUUUAAAAUAGACGGGUUGACUAAGGAUCAGACACACGCCUCAUCCUGUCAGACUAUCAGAGCUCUUGGGCUUCAGUCUGUUGCAUCUUAAUAUGUGAAGCUCUUUCACUUUUUCUCUCUGCUUCCAUCUCUCAUUAUUUUUCUUUCUUAAAACCAAGCAAUGUCAAGCUGCUGGGGCUACCUCUGCUCACUUCUUUUCAUAAUUAACUUCUUCCAAUCAUUCCAUCCAUCCAUGUCUCUCCUGAAGGGACUGACUGGUUAGAGAUGGAUCACUUUGAGUGCCAAGUGUAUGUGCAUGUCUGACUGUCUAACAUACGUCUAGUGAUGUCAUUUUCUAAUCUGAUGAUGUCAUUUCCUGUAUCAAACUGUAUUGUUUUGUGUGUGUGUGUGUGUGGGGAAACAUCCCCAAUUGUCAUUAUGUUAUAUGUGGUGGUUGGCAUUGUUUGUCGUUGUUGUUGGUGCCUCAUGUUUGAAAGGUUAUUGUGCUGUGGCUAACUUCUUUCUCCCUCUCUGUCUCUCUCUCUCUCUCUCGCUCUCUCUACCUCUCUCCUUUCGUGUUUUUUCUUCCCUUUUUUAGAAAAAAUCUCCAUGCCUGUUUGCUCAUCGUUAGCCUAGCAUGUCCUCAUGGUGUUGAAAGCCAACCCAAAACUCCUCCUCUUCCUCCCGGCUACUCCUCAUCAUCCUCCCACCAUUGUUGUCUCUGAUGUCUCGCUAAAGCUCGCCUGACCAAUAGGCUACCUGACCACACACCCCCCCCCCACUGACCUUUGACAUAUGAAAUUUGACCAUAGCUCAACCUGAUUGGUUGUAUCCAAAAUGGCACCCUGUAUAGUGCACUACUUUUGACCAAAGCCUUUUUGAUCAGUGCUAGGUGCUGCACUAUAUAGGGAAUAUGCUGCCAUUUUGGAUAAGUCCAAUUUCUUUUGCAUGUAACUUCAUUUUUCUCUAGUUUUUCUGUAUAAAUGUAAUGGGAGGGAAGGGAGGGAGGACAAGCAAAAUCAAUGUGAAAUCUUACCUGCGCUUAUUUCAUUUAAGAGACUAUUUAGCAAAUGCAGAAAAAAACAUUGUUUUAAAAGCCUGUGGGAUAGUUUAUUCUUUCUUUUUUAAAUUUUGUAAUUUGCUUGUUUUUAUGUUGUUUCUUUUAACCUCUUCUCUCGGUCUAAAGUUCACUUGAAAGUUUUAAUACAGGGACUAGCACGGCACAGUGCUACUUUGUGCCAUUUAGCAAUAUGCUGGCUUCUGAAACAACAUACUAUAAGGUUGUGUCUGAAAUGACACCCUAUUCCCUAUUUAGUGCACAGAUUUGUAUUUGCCGCCAGGGCUCUAGUCAAAAGUGUAGUGCACUAUGUAGGGAAUAGGGUGCCAUUUCGGCUGCACACUAAGACCACUCGACUAGCAAAACAAUUUUCAAAACAAGUCUGAUUAUCAACCAGAAUUCCCCUCAGUGCGUUGUUAUGGCUUUUCACAUUUAAUAUUCAAGAAGGCAUUGUAAAGAUUUUCAAUUUUCUCGCUAAGGCUGUUGGUGACUUGGUUUUCAUUAAUGAAAAUAUAACAGUUUAUUUAGCUUUAUUCUUUAUUCCAAAAAAUAUUUACGGCACAAUUAAAAGGUAGAUUUGCUAUGACUACCUACAUGAACUUUUUAGAACCGAUUCACAAAUAGACAAUCUGUGGUUUAAAUGCACACUUAGAUUACCUAUAUUUUAUACCAUUGAAUCUAUAGAUGUUUAGGUUAACUUUGGGGUUAUUUUGUAGAUUAUGUUGUAAUGUCAUCUGCUAGGGUCUAAGUGUUUCAAGUUUUUAAAGAGGAUUAAAAAAACAACUGUUUGCUCGAUCAACACAACCAUUCGAAAAAAUAAAUGUCAUUACGAGUGGUGAUGUAAUUCCUACUUAUUUACAUGUACAGUGCCUUCAGAAAGUUCUCAUACCCCUUGACUUAUUCCACAGUCUGAAUUCACAAUGGAUGACUAGAUUUUUUUCCUCACUCAUCUACACACAAUGUCCCAUAAGAUGACUGUGAAAAACAUGGUUUCAGAAAUGUUGGCACAAAUUAAAUACAAAAAUAUAUAAUUUAAGUAAGUAUUCACACCCGAUUCAAUACUUUGUAGAAGCACCUUUGGCCUUGUGUGUGAGGUUGAAAGGUGAAUUCAUCGGCCAGUGUCUGGUGGAAAGCAGACUGAACCAGGUUAUCCUCUAGGAUUUAGCCUGUGUUUAGCACCAUUCUGUCUGUUUUUUUUAUCCUGAAAAACUCCUCAGUCCUUAACGAUUUGCUUUGCCAAUUUUUUUCAGUAUUCAUUUAGUGCCUUGUUGCAAACAUUAUGCAUGUUUUGGAAUAUUAUUUUUCUGUACAGGCUUCCUUUUCACUCUUUCAAUUAGUAGGUUAGUAUUGUUGCGUAACUACAGUUUUCUCCUAUCACAACCAUUAAAAUGUAACUGUUUUAAAGUCACCAUUGGCCUCAUGGGGAAAUCCCUGAGCGGUUUCCUUCCUCUCCGGCAACUGAGUUGUGGUGUCUGGGUGUAUUGAUAUACCAUACAAUGUGUAAUUAAUAACUUCACCAUGCUCAAAGGGAUAUUCAAUGUCUAUUGUUUUUGCCCCAUCUACCAAUAGGUGCCCUUCUUUGCAAGGCAUUGGAAAAUCUCCCUGGUCUUUGUGCUGAAUCUGUGUUUGUACUUCACUGCUCAAUUGAGGGACCUUACAGAUAAUUGUAUGUGUGGGGUACAGAGAGAGUCAUUCAAAAUUCAUGUUAAACACUUUGCACACUGAGUGAGUCCAUGCAACUUAUUUUAUGAACGUAUUUAUGCUUGCCAUAACAAAAGGGUUGAAUACUCAGAUUUAUAUAUUUUUUUAUUAAUUUGUCAAUUUCUAAUAAUGUCCGCGUCCACUUUGACAUUAUGGGGUAUUGUGGGUAGGCAAUGGACCAAGAUAAUCUAUAUUUAAUCCAUUUUGAAAUUCAAGCUGUAACAAAACAACAUUUGGGAAAAGUCAAGGGGUGUGAAUACUUUCUGAAGUCACUGUAUUGUCAGAAUUCCUUUAUGGAUUAUUAGCUUUUUUUGGAUACAUCAGAUAAUAGAUUGUCAUUGUGUCAUCUUGGGGAGUAUAUAGACUGAAUUUGUUUUUUCCUACUUUAAAAAAAGAGAACGAUUAAAACUUAGUAUUAAAUUCUUACUUAAGGUACUUCUUCUUCUUGAUGAGAAUUUAUUUGAUAAAUGGAUGUUUGAGUUUUUGUUUAGUGUAGAUGCCUUGUAUUGAAAGAUAAUGUCUCUUAACACAGAAGACAGAUGAUGCUUUUUUGUUUUUAAAGUGCCCAUGUGUCAAACUCACACACACACAGUAUUUUAACCUCUUACAAUAUGUGACGGUGCCCAUUUUCUCACACACACACACACUUUGUUUUGUGACAGUAAAAACACUCGGAGCCCCUGAAUGUGAGCGAGAAUUUUUAUUUGGUCACACACACACACACUGAAUUUCUUUGUUGGUGAUAAGAUAUUAGUUUAUCACACAUUAAAAAAACUUUUCUAUUCAAAACUUACGCACAGUAUCUAUGUGUUAACACUGCUCAACUCACCCCCACCAAAACAGUGUUGGUUUACAAAAGCAUUCCAUGUUUCAGCAUAAAAGUUUACUACUCCAAACAGAAGUGUGUCUUUUAUAGGGGUGAUAAUGGACUAGCCUACUUUCUGUCAGUUGAACUGCGAAGCUGAUGGGUCAGCUCAAAUCAUUUACAUCCAGCCCCCCAAAGAAAGGUUCCCCAAAAAGAAAAAAAGUGUACCGGGGUUGUAUUCACUAGGCACAAAACAGAAUCAAGCAUGGGAGACUAUCUGAACUUGCCCAAUAAAAUCUGCUUGUUUUCAUUUUCCGGUUUGCUACGGUGUGCCCUAUUGACCACGACCCAAAUGGUUCUAAACAAGGGUUGUCAACUCAGGGUCCUUUGUGUUUGAGAUUCAGCUCUGUGUGGAAGAUGCAAGCACUGCGUAAGGUGUCUUUCGCAACAGAUUUGGGAUUAACAAGACACAAAAUGCACAAUUGUUGCCAUUUUAAACACUUUCAUUUAUUUUUUUAUAUCACCACAGAUGGCACCAGUUUUAGCUUGGGAGUUCUAGCAGCACUUGUUGAGAGGAGUUUGGAGUUUUGUUUGUUGAAUGGGAGUGGUUUAUGUCAGUUAUUAGCAGAAAUAUUAGGGGAAAUGUUCACUUUUUUGCUAAUCUUUUUGUCUUUGAAGCAUGGGUUGGUGGCACUUCCCAGAACUACCAAGGUACUACUAAUAAAAAAAUAUUUUGCGUUCAAUAUGAUGGAGCAUGUGCUUUUUGCAGUGUGUUUUUAUAUCCAAAUGCAAUACAAUAAUCAAAGUGCCAUAUUAUAUGUCUAGAAACUGCCUACACAGAUACUAUUAGGCCUUGGUUGUUAUUAUUAGAGAUUGCUGAAGUUAGGUAACGCUCUUUUAUUUUUUAUUUUGGCAUGCUUGUUAUUAUAUUGAUACCAGUGUGUCAUUAAGGCUAAAUCACCCUCUGUUUUUUUCCCCCACUUUGUGUCGAGUUAUUGGUUCUAAUGUGAUGUGUGAAUUUGAACACAUUGGCAAGUAAUUUUUAAAAAUGAUUAUACAAGAAACAACCCUUAACUUUUGAAGACAAAUCCCCUUGUUGGUGAGUGACAGAGUUGAGUACUUUACGGUACGGUUACAGACGAUGUAUAUUAUGAAUGCUUGUUAUUUGGCAAAAUGGUAGUGGUUGUAUAUUGAUUUAUUGAUUAUAAUAGAAAUAUCAUUUUUUGCAUCAACCAAAACCUGGGAAGUGUGCCAUAUUAUAAACAUUGAUUUGUCUUUAUGACAGUUUUCUAAAAAAUAAUUUAGUAUGUAGGCUACAACAAACUGAUAACCAAUGUUAGUUAAUAUUGAAUUGAUUAUAACAGGUAGUUAGUUCUAAAACUAUUGUUAAAAGAAGUGUUACUGAAAAUGUUGAAAUAUAAGCACAAUAUAAAAUCACACAUGGGUCAGGGUAUAGGAACUUGAGACUCACUUCGGGGGCUUCCGUCACAACCACCAUUUUUGGAGUGCGUUCCAAAUUGCACCCUACUCCCUGCAUAGUGCACUAAUUUUGACCAGGGCAGAUAGGGAAUAGGGUGCCAUAUUGGAUGUAGUCUCAGUAUUUCUGUCACUGCUCACUGCUCUCUCAUACUCUGAAGUGCUAUUUGACAAAGGUAUGUGGUAGCUUUGCGUCUCUUAGAUAUUGUCUUGGUCAACAAUCUAUCUGUCCUCGUCAUGUACCAUUUUUAUUGUCUGAUUAAUAAUUGAUAUGAAUUCUUUGUUCAUGUUCUUCUCCACAUAAAUGAUUUGAUAGAUGUUUGUGUUGUCUUGAGAAAAACCAAAGUCGCGGUGCAUCUUGAUGUUAUCUGAUCUGUAAAGCAUUAUUACAGUAGUGAUUUUCUGUUUUAAUUAACAAACUUUUUUAAAACUUGGGUGGGAUUUGAAAAUAACAAAAUUACAAAAACAGGCUCUUUCCAAUUUCUACAAUACUGGUUGUUCAUAUGUAUUUUGUACCAGUGAAGCUUUUUUAUAUUGGAAAUAAUUAAAGAAAAAAAAUCUAUAUUGGAAAAAAAUGUCUGGCCUCUCUAUAAGGCCUCGCCUUGAAUGUGGGUCCUGAGUUAGGCUUCUUGGUGGUCGUCAAUGAGAACAGUUUUGGUAGUAUGUUUUAUUUCUUAAAAUAACCUUAAUUUUGAUUUCAUCAACUUGCUCUCUACGUGUUCCUCACUUUGUUAUUCACUUUUUUUGGGGGGGGGGGGGGGGGGGGGGUAGUAUUGUGUUAGUAGUAUUGUGCUCUGUCCACAUGGUUAUUAUAAAUUACCAUCCGGAUUGAUUAUAGGCAACUUGUGUGGAUGGAUAAAUAAAUGUAUUAGUUUAAUAGAAAGUUAAUUAUUUGUUGUUUUAGUUCUGGGCUUUUUGCUUUUUACCUGUGUCGUUAGAUUUUUCUGUUUUUGCCAUAGAAUGAGUGGUGUGUAGUUGGAAAGCCAAGUCGAUGUUUUAUUUGGUAAAUGUUUGUUCAUGUGUGGUGUUUCUUUGCCUCUGUCUCCAAAAUUAAACCAUUUUCCCCUAAUA